UCCUUAUCCACCGAAUGGUCCACCCUUCAAAUCUAUCUCUCUCCAAUUUAGGUACAAGAAUGUUGUGUGGGACUGUGUCAAAGGCCUUACAGAUGUCCAGGUAGAUGACACCAGUCAGUCUGCCCUUACUGACUGAUACAAUCUCUUCAUCACAGAAGGCCACCAGCUAGGUCAGGCAGGAUUUGCCCUUGGUGAAGCCAUGCUGGCUGUCUCGGAUCACGUCCAUGGCUUGCAUGUGCCUCAACACUGCUUCCAGGAGGAUCUGUUCCAUGACCUUCCCAGGCACAGAGGUGGGGCUCACGGGUCUGUAGUUCCCUGGAUCCUCCUUUCUACUCUUUAUAAAACUGGGAGUGAUGGUUCCCUGUCUCCGGUCACUGGGGACAAUUCUGUCUGUAAUUAAAUCCAUGCCAGUUUCUCAUCAGGUUUUAGUCUGGGGAUUGCAGUAGCAUAGUUGGAAGGUGUCAGAAGAGCAGCCUUGGCCAGCUGUGACAGUGAGUGUAUUAAACUGGGAUUCAGACAAGAAGCAAAACACAAUCUAAUGAAGAAGGCCCUACGCAGUUAAGGGUGCCGGAGGCUAUAGUAAACACGGUUAAAUUAGGAACAUAAAUACUGGAGCAGCUAAAGAUAGCAGAUUGCCAAGUAUUUCUGUUAAAGGUUUGAGAUAAGUACUGGGUGGCAAGUAACACUGUUAAAUUAUGUAUUUGGCACCUUGCAAAGCAAAGCCAUAAAAGUGUCACUCGUCUGGAAAGUCGGUCAAGUCUUGACAGGUAUUUUAAACAACAAUUAGAUUACUGCUGACAUCUCCCCUGAAAGUUUAAUUAAAGCUAAUCCUUUUAGUUUAAAAAUUUGGUCUUCUGAGGUGUUUGCUUUCUCCAGCCAAUCCACACCACCAGCACUGGCUUCACAGACAGAGCAACCACAGCAAACCAAGAGGAGCAGGGUUUCCGUCAAAGCAAGAGUUUGAGGCAAAAAUGACUUGCAGGAAGAGGGGAGAUGGGAUAUUUUCUGGGAGAGCCAAGUGGGCCUGAGCGUGUGUGUGAGGCAGGGAGAGAGACCUGCGCUCGCAGCCAUCAUGUCCGUAAUCCCCAUCACUGAACACUCAUUCAGUUAUCAGAAACAUUUCAGAGCCCUUGAGAUUAAUGCCUGGUGCCAUGUAAACAGAGCCUUAUAUUGGGGAGACAGAGUUACCAGCAGGCCAGUGCACAGCAGCAGGAAACCAAGGCUGGCCUCGUCCCUCACGGCCCCGUCAGUCUCUGCACAAAGAAGGUCCCAGGAUGGGCAACAGCCUGAAAGCCAUAGUUGCUUUUGUGCCCUCCGACGAGUGCCAGAAGUACCUCCUGGAAGACCUGGAGGAGAUGCCAGUGGACAAGAUGGUGGAUCUGAGCGGCAGACAGCUGAGGAGGCUGCCUCUGCACAUCUGCUCCUUCAGGGAGCUGGUCAAGCUGUACUUGAGCGACAACAACCUGAACCACCUCCCUCCUGAGCUGGAGCAGUUGCAGAACCUCCAGAUCCUCGCGCUGGACUUCAACAACUUCAAGGCGCUGCCGCUGGUGGUGUGCACGCUGAAGCAGCUGUGCAUCCUCUACCUGGGCAACAACAAGCUCUGCAGCCUGCCCCUCGAGCUCCGGCUCCUGCAGAACCUCAAGACCCUCUGGAUCGAGUCCAACUGCCUGCAGCACCUUCCUGAGGUGGUGUGCGAGCUCAGCCUGCUCAAGACCUUGCACGCCGGCUCCAACGCGCUGCGCACGCUCCCCGCCCAGCUGCGGGGCCUGCAGGAGCUGCGCACCAUCUGGCUCUCGGGCAACCUGCUGUCCGAGUUCCCCCCCGUGCUCCUGCACAUGCCUUUCCUGGAGGUGAUCGACGUGGAUCGCAACGCCAUCCGCUUCUUCCCCAGCCUGGCCCACCUCCCCGGCCUGAAGCUGGUGAUCUAUGACCACAACCCCUGCAGGAACGCGCCCAAAGUGGCCAAAGGGGUGCGCAGGGUGGGGAGGUGGUCGGAGGAGAGCCCCGAACCCCGCAAGCGAUCCGGGGCGGUGAUAGAAAUCACGCUUGAUGAGAGACCGUCGCCACCUCCCACUGACAAGCCCGAGCCCGAAGCAGAGUCGUGAUGCUGCUCAGCUGCCUCCACCAGCAGAGGUGGCAGCACUCCCACGGCGCUGCCCAGGCUCUCCCCUUCGAGAGGGCAUCGUGCUGCCUGGUAAGGCUUGGGGUAGGUGCACCAGUUCAGAGCAAAACGCUCUUCUACAGCCACCCUCUUCUGCACGCUCUCCAGAGCGAAGACUUCUCCCUCUCCCCCUCUGCAAGGACUGCUCAGAGCUGGCAGCAGGGUUUAUGUUUCCCACAGCAAGUUGAUCUCCACCCACAGGAACCCUUUGGGCUCGCCUUCCCUCCGUCCCCCUUGCUGAGGUGUCCGAGCCCAGCUGGAAGCCACCAUGCACAGUGACGAUCGCUGCUGGGAGCUGCAGCUUUAAAGUAACCCACGGCACUUGUCUCAGUGACUUGUUUGAAAGGCAGCAGCUUGAGGGUUUCCCUGCCCAUCUCAUGGUACAUGGCAGCGGAGCCCUGGAUGCAUUAUCAAGGAAGCAACGCGUACUGGAGAACUCUCCUCCUACAGCUGCUGUCUUCUUCCUGGAAAAUUUGUGACCGCUCUGAUUUUGUUAUUGCUAAUUACCAUUUCAAAUGACAGUGAGGAAAGAUACAUGCUUUUUUUUUAUUAUUAUUUUUUUUCUGCUGUGUCUUACGUAGCCGACCACACUGCCGGUAAGGGCAGCUGUACGUGCCGAGUUUUGAUGCGGUAGCAGAAAGCCCUGACUGAAAUGGGAGAGCCACAAUUGCUGCAGAGCUAACGUGGACGAAGGAAACCUAAGGCUGGGAGCCUGCGUCUUCAGACUUACACAGAAACUGAAGUUGAGGCAAACAUUACCCGAUGAACUCCAGCAGGGUGCUGCUGUAGCUUGCAAACCUCAGAUCUGUUCAGAUUUCCUUGGAAAGGCACUGAACGUUUAAGAAUGCUUUAAUGGUGUAGCACAGAAUAGAAACCUGGCUCAAAGUGACUUUACAUUUUUAGCUUUUGAUUCCGUAGCGCUGAGCGCGGGGUUUGGUAGAAGGCAGCUUUUUAGAGAAGGGUGGGGAGCCCUUGGUGGCACAGCGCAGCCACUUCCCCCUCUCUCCUGCUUGUCAAGUGGGACUGUCUUUCCAGCAGGCACGCAGAAGUGACAGUUCCCAUAAAAGGUUUGAGUCGAUGCCAGUUUGCGACUGCUUAGUGUCAUUUACAUUCUUGGAAAAUUCUCUGGAAAUAUAUAGGCUCCGUGAGUGCCGGCUGCCUUGUUAAAUGAAGUGCACGCUUGGAUCUGGCUGGUACCCGCUACAUUCAUUAAAUUAAAUAAAGUGUUCUGGAUUCUCACUGA